CUCACACACACACACACACUCUCCAACAGACACAAUCACAGUGUGGAGUAUCAGAGCUCGGAGCAGGACACAACACAGGGGGAGAACUGCACCUGUCCUGCACACAGACACACACACUCGCACACAGAGGAUCUGACCCAUCGUCCUUAUGUGUGGAUGGGACCAAAGUUACACGGCGACCUCUCAUAGCUCGGCCAUGUUGACCAGUGAGGGGGCGCACACCAUGGAGCAGGCCGACUCGCAGCGCGGAUCCAAGAUGGCCUCCGCCGCCGGCUCGGGCUCAGACGGAGCAGAGACGAUGACAGACACAGACGUUGACAUGGAGAUCGAGGAGGCAGACAUGACUCGGUGGACGGAGACAGAGUUUGAGGAGAAGUGCACAUACAUCGUAAAAGACACGGCGUGGGAGGCGGGGCCAGACAGUGACGCCAUGAUGAUGACGACGACCAGAGCCGAGGCUUCUCUGCCCCGGAACCUGGCCUUCAAGCACCCAGCUGACGGCAAGGAGGUGGUCGGCGUGUGCAGCAGGGAGUACAUCCCCAAAGGAACUCGCUUCGGCCCCCUGGUGGGAGAAAUCUACACAGCCGACAGUGUUCCCCGAGACGCCAACCGGAAGUACUUCUGGAGAAUCUACGCAGACAGGGAGUUCCAUCACUUCGUGGACGGCCUGGACGAGACUCGCUCUAACUGGAUGCGCUACGUGAACCCCGCCCACUCGGCGGCGGAGCAGAAUCUGGCGGCGUGUCAGAACGGCAUGGAGAUUUACUUCUACACGGUGAAGCCCAUCCCCGCCGGCGCUGAGCUGCUGGUCUGGUACUGCCACGACUUCGCCCGGCGCCUCAACUACCCGCCGUCCGGAGAGCUGAUGAUGCUGAAACUCAAGCAAUCUCUCCUGGAGGUCAAGCAGCAGCAGGUGAGCAGUGACGAGCAUUUGGUCAAAGCCUCCAGUCCGUCCCCCGCCGCAGUGACGCCCACUCCCCCCAGGAGGGAGCACAGCGUCCUGUCCAUCCUGCGCGGCACCAACAGCACCUCGGCCUCCUCGUCCGCCAAGAGGGAGCCCAGCCGGCCGCUGCCCACCCGCCCGAGCUGUGCCGACAGCCCCGAGCGCCCCCUGUACCCCCGCGCCCUCUACCCGGCUUUCAGGGGCCACCCUCACAUCCCUGAAGACUUCCUGAGCCACAAACCUGGCCAGCUGGGUUACCCUGCAACCCGUUCCCCUGGCAACCAAUCCUCGGCGACACCUAGCCCGUCAGCGAGGAGCAGCCCGGACAGCAGCCCUCAGGGGAGUCCCUCGGGUGCGGUGCCUCCCCCAGCUUCUUUCUACUCCCCUGGACUGGGCUCCUACCCUGGUUACUCCCCACCUUCAGCCCCGCUCUCCUCAUCCUUUUACCCUCCAGGAACCCCCUACCCACGAUACCUCCUGCCCCAUCACUACCCUCUGUCCGGCGGUGGUGUCCCCACAGUAGGAGGGAUCCUCCCCCGGAUGUACUCCCUCUACAGCAGCCUGCUGCCCACUCAUGUGCCCCUCCUGCCCUCCGACACAGCAGGGAGGCGCUUCCUGAUGCACGAACCCAUCCACCCCUCCUCCAUUUCUGCACACAGAGACUUCCUCCUCCCUGGGCCCACCAGUGCCUUCUCAUCCGCCACCUCUCUGAAGGACAAAGCAGGGCCCCACCACCCUUACCCGGGGCACCCUCACCUACACGAACCAGCCCACGCCCCCUCCAGCGGCUCCCCGACAGCAGGCACGGCGCCCCCCAGCGAGCGGAUGCCUACCAAGCCUACCUCAGCCCUGCUGGGCAGCGCCAGUGAGCAUCGCCACGACGAGGAGGCCAUCAACUUGACCAAAAUGAAGCGAGGUGUUGGCUCAGCCGGCUACAAAGCGCUGCCGUACCCGCUGAAGAAGCAGAACGGCAAAAUCAAGUACGAGUGCAACGUGUGCAGCAAGACUUUUGGACAGCUGUCAAACCUGAAGGUUCAUCUUCGUGUCCACAGCGGAGAGCGACCCUUCAAGUGUCAGACCUGUAACAAAGGCUUCACGCAGCUGGCUCACCUGCAGAAACACUUCCUGGUCCACACCGGGGAGAAGCCGCAUGAGUGCCAGGUUUGUCACAAGCGCUUCAGCAGCACCAGCAACCUGAAAACUCACCUCCGCCUCCACUCAGGGGAGAAGCCCUACCACUGCAAACUCUGCCCGGCCAAGUUCACCCAGUUUGUCCACCUCAAGCUGCACAAGCGCCUGCACUCCCGCGACCGUCCACACAAAUGCCCCCACUGCCACCGCCACUACAUCCACCUGUGCAGCCUGCGACUGCACCUGAAGGGCUACUGCCUGGCAGUCAACUCCGGCACCGGCAGUCCAGCCGUCUCCAGUCAGGCCGCCUUGGAGGAGGUGCAUCGCGCUAACGAGGAGAUCGAGCGCUUCGACAUCAGCGAGCACGCCGAGCAGCUGGAGCUGCUGCAGGGUGGCGUGGAGGUGGAGGCCAUGCUGGAGAAGCAGGUCCUGGGGAUGCUGUGGGGGGAGAGCGACCUCAAGUCCUCCCACUUUCAUCCCCGCCACAAGGGCGACGCCGGCGAGCUUCUGUCAGCGGGUUACGGGGCAUACGAGUCCCCGAAUGAGACGUCGGUCAUCAAGAUACGGCGCAGCAGCCCCAUCCUGCCACUUCCUGCCAACGUCACCGUCAAGCAGGAGUCGGAGGAUCACGCUUAAAUGACCUUUGAAGCCAACGGACACGGAGCAGAGACUGCGUGGCUCAAAGUGGACGAGGUUGCCGAGAGCAACAGCUGUAAAUAAUUAAAUAGGAGUGACAUCAUGAGCACGCCGGGUUUUCAACCUAUCAGGGACUCUUGUACUCAGGGCUACAACAGACACUGUCCCAUGACUACUUCGCAGUUUCAGCGUUUAUUAGACUAAGAGACAAUCAACUACCCAGGACUUAAUGUAAUUAAUAUAAUGCUAUUAUCAUUAUUGUUGUCGUAUUGUUUUGGUCUUUAUUUUCAAAUGUCUUUGUUUAGUUUUUUUGGAUUAAUUAGUUGUUGUAUAACCUCCUUAAUUUAUUAUAGCUACUUUUGUUGUCUUUAAAAGCAAUAAGUGGAAUGACUGGUUACACUGACAGGGUGAAGUCAAUGUAAAAGACUGUUUCUGUUGAUUUUGUUUCUCUCUGUGGCCAUUUCUCUGUCGAUAGUCACUCUCUCCGCGCCUCUAUCUGUCCUGCGACCUCUGACCUGGCGAAGCAGGGGCGUCCACUCUUCAGGGUUUUAUCUAUUUAAAUUUUAAAAACCAGUAUAGCAGGUUAAAAAGGGUUUGAAAAGAACUUGCCAAAGUAUGGCACAUAAAUUUGUUAAUUUAGCAACAAGAGCUUUAUUUCAGCCCCCAGCUGCCCUCAAGUGUGACUGCGUCCGACGCCUGCUUCAUUGUAUGAAACAGGAAAAGGGCAUUUUUUUGUAUAUUUUUCACAACGGUUACCUCAGUGUGCAUGUGACGAUAUGAGUGUGUGUGUGUGUGUGUUGUAAGGGACAGCUGAAGGUGGGAGCUUUCUAUUUAUUUGCUUUCUUUGCUACUUGAAGAAGAAGAAGAAGAAGAAGAAGAAGAAGAAGAAGAAGAAGAAGAAACCAAACUGAAGUGCAGCUCUUGGUGUGGUCCAAAGGAGCGGCGCCGCCCGCUCAACAUGUAGCACAUAACGGACUCGGGAGGGCCGGUGAGCCCCCCCCCCCUCCUCCUCCUCCUCCUCCUCUACCUUUAUUUUUUUAUCAACACUGUCAAACGUCCUCAGAUUUCGGGAUUCGCUCUUGACGCUAGUAACCAAAGUUGACUUUGAUUUCAAAAUGCACACCAAAAAAAAAAAAAAAAAGAAAAGUGGAAAAUGCAAAGAAGGGAAGGAGGAAGAUGAGGAGACGCUGAAGAAGGGAAGAUGAACUGUGUGUAUAUGAAGUGUUUCCCUCUUUAGCUGUGCUCACUCGUUUUUUUUUGUUUUUGUUUUGUCUUAUUUUUGUUAAUAUUUCAGUUGAGAAACAAAUGCCCCCCCCUCCCCCCUCUUUAACCCCACCUGUCCGCCAUCUUGUUAAUGAACUGGCAAACACCAAAGCACCUCGGCCCUCUUUGAUGCACUGGCCCCCUCCUCUUACUUUAUAACUUCAGUGCCGAUGCUUGCACCGUUUACACUGUGUUCGUGGUAUUUAUGGCAUUAAGACUCAUCUUAAUGCUUCUACAGCAGCUGCAGCAGUUGCACAUCAACCUGAGCAGCUCUCUCUCUCUUUCCUCCGUUUCACUUUCUAACGUUCGACCAAAGCGUCUCUCUCUCUCUCUCUCUCUCUCCCUCUCUCUCUCUCUCUCUCUCUCUCUCUCUCUCUCUCUCCCUCUCUCUCUCUCUCUCUCUCUCUCUCUCUCUCUCUCUCUCGGACCAGAGCUUUAACUCCCUAAAGGACUGUCUCUCUGUUUACAUUCUGGUUUACAUAGUUAUUUAUGUGCAAAAAUGUCAAAAAAGUGUAAAUUAUGAUAUAAAUGUUCACUGCUCUAAUCUAAA